CAAGUUGAUCAUACAUCUGGGGUCGCGAAUCGCGCCACCUCCUGUCGGCAUAUCAGGGGCGGGACGGGUGGCUUAAAGCUAAAAACGCCUACGAAAUUUUCUACGUUUUUCUCCAACAUCCCUUCCACAAAAAUGUCAUUGACCCUCGAUUUUUUGCUUCCUCCUCCCCCCGCCUCUUACAAGGCCGAUCAGGAGUCUGCCGUACAUGCCGGUUUGACUGCCAGCGCCGAUCGUUUGCUGGAGCCCGUUGGUCCCGGCUUCUUUGCCUACGCCCGCCGUAAGCGCCACAACCGCACCUUCUCUGAAGAUGAGCGCCACCAAGCCGAGGAGAAGGCCAGCCAAAUCGUCGAAGAGGAAAAGGUCGAUUUCGAGUACGAGGAUGUCGAUCUUACCACCGUCAACACUGAUCCUACCAACUGGAAGUCGCAAGACAACUAUGCUGUCCUUGGUUUGACCAAUUUGCGUUACAAAGCCAAGGAAGAACAAAUCAAGAAGGCUCAUCGCCGCAUGGUCUUGCUGCACCAUCCUGACAAGAAGGCUGACAAGAAUGACGAUGCCUUCUUCAAGUGCAUUGCCAAGGCGUAUGACACUUUGAUGAACCCUGUCACCCGCCGUCAGUACGAUUCCGUCGAUUUUGGUAUGAUUGGUGUUGACGAAGACGUCCCCACGGCCAAGACUCCCGGUAACUUUUAUAAGCUCUGGGCUCCUGUCUUUGAGCGUGAGGCUCGUUUCUCCAACAAGCAGCCUAUGCCCAUGCUCGGUGACGAAAACUCGACCAAGGAAGAAGUUGAAACCUUCUAUGACUCGUGGUACAACAUUGAUUCGUGGCGUACGUUCGAAUGGUUGGACAAGGAAGGUGCUGAAGGUGCCGACAACCGUGAUGACAAGCGCUACCAAGAAAAGAAGAACCGUGCCCAACGCGCUCAGCUCAAGAAGGAAGACAAUGUUCGUCUCCGCAAGUUGAUCGAUAUUUGCUUGAGCGUGGAUCCUCGUAUCGCCCAGUUCCGUGCUGAAGAUAAGAAGCGUCGUAAUGCAAAGAAGGAUGCCAAGGCUGCUGCUGAUAAGGCCGCCGCUGAAGAGGCUGCUCGCAAGGCCGAAGAAGAGCGUGUUGCCCGCGAAAAGGCUGAGGCCGAAUCCAAGGCUGCUGCCGCCUCUGCAAAGAAGGACAAGGAAUCCCUCAAGAAGGCUGUCAAGAAGGAAAAGAAAACUAUCAAGGCCUUAUUCAACGGUAACAACUUUGGUUUGCCUGCUGGUACACAGGCUUCCCCUGCUGAGGUCGAGAAGCAGUUGGUUGCCAUGGAUGCUGUCAUUGUCAAAAACAAGAUGAUUGAGGAUUUGGAAAAGUUGCGCAAGGAUCUCGAACAGGGUGUCAAGGAUGGCAAGUUUGCAGAUGUCUUUGCUUCCUAUGUCGAAGCUGCCAAAUAGAUUGUAGAAAAGUAAAUAUAUGGCCAUAUACACAUACAGCAACAUAUACGUAGACUCGCACCCCAAGAAAUACAUACAUGAGAGA